AUGAGGGCAGUGGUUUUGUUUGUGUUUUUGGCUGUUCCUAAAACUUGCCCUUUGAGUAUUAUCUGGAGGACCCAAGCUGUCUCUGGAUUGGCACCCUUAAAGACAGAUAUACCUUGGCUGGGGAGUGGGAACAGGGAGGGACAGAGAAACCUCCAAAAGGCUGGUGCCUCAGCUCUAAUCCUGACAGGGUUUCUGGGAAGAGAUUGCAAUGGAGCCUCCUUCCCAUGGACAAUAUAUGCAAAGCAAUACCUUGUUCAGGUUAGCACCCACCAACUGGGGGAGAGUGUGACAAUCUGCAUCGAUCGUGGACUACUAAAUGCCUUUACCUAG